UUUUUUUAAAAAAAAAUUAAUAAAAGAAACAAGAGAAAAAGAAGUAACCAGUUUGCGUUUCUCCUUCUCUCCGUUUCAUUCAUUCCUUUCGCCAUCGACCACCGCAGCACCGCUCUCAAAUCCGCUCUCAAAUCUCUCUAUUUCUCAUUCUCUCAGUCUCAGGCCGCUCUCCGCCGCCGCUCUCAGCCUCUCUCUCUCGCAGUCGCAGCGCAGACAGGUAAAGACCUUCUCCGGCUAUCCCCUCUCAUUCAAGAAUCAGAACAACUACAAUGGAUCUCAAAAAAUCAGUAAGGUGCCAAGAAGAUGUUGCACUCACCAUCACAAAGCAUUUACUCUUAAAACAAGAUUUUCAGCAAAAGAACCUUGUCUUUUCUCCCUUGUCUCUCUUUGUUGUUCUUAGCGUCGUGGCAGCUGGAUCAGAAGGCCAUUCUCUCGACCAACUUCUUUCCUUCCUUCAAUUUGACUCCAUUGACAAUCUAAUUGCAUUCUUCUCUCAACUCGUUGCUCUGUUCUCUGACGAUCGUAUGUGUUUUAUCAAUGGAAUGUGGGCUGAUGAAUCAAUUCCCCUCUCUCAUUCUUUUAAACAACUUGUGGCCACUCAUUACAACACCACUUUGGCUUCAGUUGAUUUUAAGACUAAGGGUGGUCAAGCAUGUCGUGACGUUAAUUUGUGGGUUGAGAAAGAGACAAAUGGCCUUAUCACAAAGCUUCUUCAUCCUAGUAUGGUAAGCAAUUCAACCGAACUUGUCUUUGCAAAUGCAUUGUGCUUCAACGGUGUAUGGGAACACAUGUUUAUGCCUAUAUCAGUUCCGGCUGGUUUUCACCUCUUAAAUGGCACCAAAGUCAUUGCUCCCUUCAUGCUUAGCAAGCAGAGGGAGCACUUUAUUGGUAUUUUUGAUGGUUUCAAAGUACUACGUCUUUCUUAUAAACAAGGCAGGGAUGAAACUCUUCGGUUCUCCAUGUACAUUUUCCUUCCGAAUGCAAAAGAUGGACUUUUGGCAUUAAUUGAAAAGCUAGCUUCAGAAUCUGAUUUUUUGAAAGACAAGUUCCCUCAGCGGAAAGUGGAAGUACGUCGAUUUACUAUUCCAAAAUUCAAGAUUUCUUUUUCAUUUGAAGCUUCUAAUGUUCUGCACGAGUUGGGAAUGAUUUCACCUUUCGUUCUCACAAAAGUGGUAGAGGGAAUGAACCCUCCUUUGGGCGUGGAAAGCAUAUAUCACAAUGCUUUCAUUGAGGUAAAUGAAAAAGGCACCAUAGCUUCAGCAAACACAAUUAUGCGGGCAGCAAGAGGUAAACGUUGUGCCACCCCUACAGACUUUGUAGCUGACCACCCUUUCCUCUUCUUAAUUAGAGAAGAUUUCAGCGGAACAAUUCUCUUUAUUGGUCAGGUUCUCAAUCCUCUUGAUGGUGCAAAUGAACCUACGAUUAGCAAAUAGCAUCUUUCUAGCUUGCAUAUUGGUGGAACUCAAUCUCAUUUAGAAAGGUUAGGGACGGAGCUAGCAGAGGCCUACAUUUUUUAAUUUUCGUUUAAUACUAAUUUAUUAUUUUGUCAAAAAAUAUAUUAUUCUAUUAUUAUUAGUUUAA